AUGGCCGGUCUGCUUUCGAUACUCGGGGCCCUGUGGACUGUAUACCUCGUUGCACUGGGCAUUUUCAGACUCUACUUCAGCCCGUUGGCCAAAUUUCCAGGGCCAAAACUAGCAGCGCUGACUCUAUGGUACGAAUUCUACUACGACGUCGUCCGUCGCGGGCGGUACGUCUUCCACAUUCGCCAUCUCCAUGAAAAGUACGGACCCAUCAUUCGUAUCAAUCCCUACGAACUGCAUAUAGCGGAUCCCGACUACUACGACACUUUGUAUGCUUCAACGUCAAGUGGCGAGAAACGCGAUAGAUGGAGUUGGUUUACAAAACAGUUUGGUACGCCAGAGUCCAUGUUCUCAACGACCGGGCACGACCAACAUCGUGUACGCAGGGCUGCAUUGAAUCGCUUCUUUUCAACAGCAAGCGUGAGACGGCUGCAACCACUGCUCAAUGAGCGCGCUCAGAGUUUGAUCGGCCGGUUCCGCAAAGCUCAAGCCUCGAAGAAUCCAAUUCCUCUGGAAUAUGCACUGGCUGCGUUUACGAAUGACAUUGUCAGGGAGUACUCGUACGGUCAGUCGGAUCACUAUCUGGACAAGGACGAUUGGGGAUCCGAAUACUAUGAUGCCGCCGUUACCAUAGCCAAAUCCGGAAACUUGAUGAAGCAGAUGAUGUUUAUUUUCCACUUCAUCAGCAGCCUUCCACCGUGGCUGCAAGCGAAAUUAUCACCCGCAUUAGCGUCGUCGCUUCGAUUCUACACGCUUGUCGAGAAUAUCAUUACUGGUAUCAAGUCUCAGUCAGGAUCAGGAUCCACCUAUGAGCAUCUCGGCCAUCCGACUUUGUUCCAUGAGAUCCUCAAAAGCAAUUUGCCCGAGUCUGACAAAAGCGUAUCACGGCUGAAAGACGAGGCGCUUAUCGUGGUUGGUGCCGGCACUCUAAGUACCUCAUGGGCGCUAUGCGUUGCGAUAUACUACCUGCUUGUCUCGCCUAAUUUACUCUCAAAACUUAAACAGGAAUUGAAAGCGGCCAUUCCAGACCGAAACCAGCCAAUCCCACUAGCGCAGCUAGAGCAGCUGCCCUAUCUCAAAGCAACAGUUCAGGAGGCCCUCCGGAUGAGCAAUGGAGUGGCAACACGUCUGCAGAGAAUAUCUCCAGACAAGCAUCUUAUUUUCCCCGAUUCGUCAGGCAAGACCUGGAUCAUCCCACCAGGGACACCAGUCGGUAUGACCAGUGUUCUGCUCCAUCAUGAUGAGUCCAUUUUUCCCAAGUCCAACGAGUUUCGGCCCGAACGAUGGAUUGAAAACAAGUGGCUAGAUAGGUAUCUUGUCGCAUUCUCCAAGGGAAGUAGGCAAUGUCUUGGUAUGAACUUGGCAUAUGCUGAGUUGUAUAUCUGCCUGUCGAGCAUCUUUAGUCGUUUCGGAUCGGCAAAUACAGAUGCUGUCCAGGGUGUGAGGGAUGAGGGUGACGAGGGAGUGCUAGAGCUCUACCAGACCACAAUCAAGAACGUGGAAAUGGCUUCGGAUUGCUUUAUUCCAAUGAGAAAAGAAGGCACCCAAGGAAUUCAUAUUUGCGUACGGAAUUAG